AAUCAGGCUCCCCUGUCACUUGUUUUAUUACUCCUGAAAUGAUGACAUCGAGGGUAUUCAGUCUACCUUCGCGAUUACGCGCAAGCGACAUACUAACCAGACAAGCCUCUGGAGGCCCAGGUAGCGUCACUUCUAGAAACCUCCAAGCAUUGAAGAAGAAGCAGAAAGCCUACCAAAUAGACGAUGGACAAGUCAUAUGGAAAAAGUCCAAGAAAGAUGUACUGCUAUAUAAGGCUACUGUGGCCUUGACCUUUUUGGGAGUAGGAAUGUCACUACACACUUUUUGGCGACUCUCCUUUGCAAAGCAUUUUGAAUGAACUGUGAUUUAAUUUACAUGUUUUGACUGAGAUAUUAUGUGGUGUUUGAAUAAAAAAAAUUCGACUUA